AAAAAACAGCAGUUGAAAGAAUCGUUCAAAAGCAGGGAGAUAAAAGUGUGGAGAAAGUCACAGUGACAGACAGGCAGAGAGUAGAGAAAUACAUUCAGUUCUAAAAAAGAAUGGGCACCCUGGUGAGCAGUGCUGCUGCUCUGCUCUUAACCUCCCUUUUGGCUUUGCUCUUUGGAGUUUCUUCAAUUCUGGGCCAGGACCUGACAGAGAGGGAUGCACUAUGCAAUGCAGAUGGCUGCUUCGUGGUCUACUUCCAACGCAAGUCUUUCCUGGACUCAUGGAAGGCCUGCAAGGACAAAGGUGGUAACCUGGCUACCAUCAAACGCAGGCAGGAUGAAAACACUAUUUCCACUCUCUUCUCCUCUCUAGACUUACGCCACUCGCGCACUAAGGUCCAGGUAUGGAUCGGCCUGCUGCGGCAGCCUCGCCAGUGCACCAGUCGCCCACUUCGGGGUUUCUCUUGGACUACUGGUGACCAGGACACAGAGUAUACUAACUGGCAGAAAGAGGACUCCCCUGUGUGCUUAGCAUCACGCUGUGUAGUUAUUGGCUACAACAUUCAAGAGCAGAGUGAUAACUUUAAAUGGCUGGAUGGUUCCUGCUCAGUCCCUGUAGAUGGGUAUCUUUGCCAUUAUGACUACAAAGGAAUGUGUCCUGCAUUGUGGGGUGAAGGGGCAGGCAAAGCCCUCUACGACACACCAUUUGACCUUUUAAGCACGCUUCUAAGCCAUGUACCAUUUGGAUCUGUUGCUGACAUGCCCUGCCCCACAGGCACAAAGGAGCAAGUUCUGUGUACGCAGAGGGAAGAUGGCUCAGUGGGGUGGUCAAGAGAUUCCCCCCUCUGCUCCAAUCCCCCUCCAUCAAAUAACUGGUGUGAUCAGGAUAACGGUGGAUGUGAACAUUUCUGCAGGCAAGCCGGUGCUCACUCCUACUGCGAGUGUGCCGACGGUUAUCAACUUGGAGACGAUGGGCAGAGCUGUGAGCUGCCUGAUGUUUGUCAAGGAGCCCCCUGCCAAUUUGAGUGCCUGCCCCUUUCAGAUGGGUACCGUUGUGCCUGUCCUGAAGGAUACAUGCUUGCACCAGAUGAACGUGGCUGUGUGGAUGUAGAUGAGUGCCUUCAGAGUCCCUGUGAGCAGCAAUGUGUGAAUGCUCCAGGGACGUUUGAAUGUCGAUGUCGGGAGGGUUACCAUCCUGAUGAUGAAGGUGGGUGUGAGGACAUAGAUGAGUGUAUGAAUGACCCAUGUGAACAUGAAUGUGAGAACACUGCAGGUUCUCAUAUCUGCCACUGCCAUCUGGGUUUUUCCCUGCUGCCUGAGGACCCCAGUCGAUGCCAAGACACUGACGAGUGCCAGAUCCCCGGGACCUGCGAGCAGAUGUGUGUGAAUUAUGAAGGUGGAUUUGAGUGCUACUGCGAGGAAGGCUAUGCACUCUUGAAUGAUCACUCUUCAUGUCAGAAGAUCGGAGAAGGAGAUGACCAAUCUGCUGCCACGCCUCCUUUUCCUUGGGUCACUGACCGGCCUGUAUGGGACCGUGCGGACUAUUGGAACCAACAGCAGUCCCACACAGACUGGCCUCCAGAGGUGGAGCAAUCUCUGGACUGGUUGACAGACCCACCCAGAGUUUUGGACUCUGGCGUAAUUUGGGUCACUAGUGCCCCUCAGGACGAUCUGCCAUUUGAGUCAACACUGGACCCUCUGACAGACAAAGACAAGGAAGAUGAGGAAAGAAUAGAUGAUGGAGUACUUGACUGGUCCCGCUGGGAGCAGGGAUCCCAGUCUGAGCUGGAAGUUUGGCCAUCCACCAUCUCCACUACACCUCCACCCAGCACCAGCUCCAGCACUACCGCAGACUGGUAUGAAGAUGAAGAGGAGGAGACCACCACAGCUUUCCCCUUACUUCCUACCUCUACAAUCUCUGAGGGAGCUUGGAAUUGGUGGGCUGGGCUCACCACUGCCAGCCAGAAACCAGGAAAUCCAGAUGAUGCAGUUACAGACCACUACAUGCCUACUCAGUCUAGCUACCACAUUGAGGCAGAGGAGGAAAAGUACCCCCUUAGGGAAAAUGCUCAGUUCCCAGAGGAGUUAGAGGAGGAGGAAAAGGACAAUGUGGAGACCACCGUUUUCCAAGACCCAGCUGUUUCCACCCAGCUUACUCCAUCCCAGCCAGCCCCAAGUGAAGGUGACAUCAUCGAUCCUGUUCAGGAGGACAGGGGACAGAAACAGAGCAGCACCUGGCUCCUGGUGGGCCUCUUGGUGCCCAUCUGCAUUUUCAUUGUGGUGAUGGUGGCACUGGGCAUUGUCUACUGCAGUCGGUGUGCUGUUCAGCCACGCAACAAGAAUGCUACUGACUGCUACCACUGGAUCUCUGGGGCUCAUGAUAAACAGGCAGCUCCUAACCCCUCAGCAGGGGUCAAGACCCAUGUUUAAACAGAGAAAAGAGAAACUGACAUUCACACAAACAGACUCUGUUUCAGAGGUAAGCAUGAGUGAAUAAUGAACUUGGUCGGGGACGAGCUAAAUAUUUGACCCUCUGUCUCUGGAACUGCCCACUCUUUGAACACAUUUGGAUAUUACUGUUGUAUGCCAGUUGAUAGAGGUGGGGAAGGUACACUCAAAACCACUGACCUCUCUUUAGGAUGGGGUUGCUAUGUGGUACAAACUGCUUUGAUGUUGCAUACACUGACCACACAGCACAAGAUCUGAUUGCUUCAUGAUUGCACUAGAUUACAUAGUGAUACAAUAUUACCAUCUACAUUAGUGAUGUUGAAAAAUCUGUCCACACAUAAUGUGUGUAGUCACUGAUUAAUUUCAGUAUUUCACAGCUGGAUACAGAUCUUGCCAAGAGGUUUUGAAAUUAAUGUACUGAUGACAAAUCAUUGUGCCUUUUUAAGGCAGCAAAUUUGACUGUGAGGUCCCUUUUAUGCAAAAUCCUCAGGCUCAGUUAAUUUUAAUAGCAUAGCACUGUAGAUAACCAUUACUGUCAAAUGUGUUAAAGGGAUUUAGAUGCAUCUUUAGCUCACAUCAGCAGUGAGAGAAAGAAGACUGUAUGCACAUUUCCCUUCAAGAAAAAAGCCAUUAUCCAGCCAUAACGCUUGGGAAAAAAAUCAUUUAAAAUCACUGUGUUGGUGUUGAAUGGUUAAAAGAGACCAAAACUUCUUUGUAUAUACUGUUUUUUUGUAUUUAUGUUUAUUUGAAACUUGUCGCCAGCCAUUUGUUUAAAAAGAAAAUGUAAUAGCGUUAAUAAUUCAAUGACGUGCCUUUUUUAAAUGGACCCUGUAAACCUGGUGAUAUGCAGAGGAAUGCCUGUUUACACAUGGGAAUGUCUUUCCCCCACUCAUGUCAAGUUUCAGAGCACUUCUCCUUUCCUUAACUUUUUUUGAAGAGAGGUUAAAGUGCAGAUGUUCACAUUGCACAGGGAAUGUUGUAGGGGCCGGUGCUUGACAUUAGACUUGACCUUGUUCAUGAAAUGGCCAUCAGUCACCUUUUUUCGCAAACCCUAAUUCAUUAGUGCACCCGAGAGGGUUUUGUCUUAGAGCAGUACUGAAUUGUUUUAUAGCCUUGUUGGAUCACAUCCAGCUGUGUGAGACUGCAGUCAGUGUGACACCUUGCAGUUGGUGGUGCAACUUCAGAUUUUUAAUAAUGUCACAAGACAAUGAGAUCACUUCCAAAAGCAUAAAUAACACUGAGGAGCAUUAAAGACCAAAGUGGAACAAAAAUGCAAGGCAUUUACACAUUUAUGCACAUUUGAAUUUAUGGAUUACUUUUUAUUUAAUGACUGAGGAAAUAAAUCACCAUUCCAAAUGUAUAUAUGAAAUAUGUCUUUAUUUUAUUGAUGGACUGUGAAAUAGAAGAAACACCUGAUGUCUUUUUUAUUUUCUGUUACAUGUAAAAAAAAAUUGUGAAUUAAAG